CGCGCUCCCUCACUCCGCGUGAAACAAAGUGUAGUGUCCGCGAGAGCCCGUAGGAAGCGAAAUAAGAGAAACCGGGAGAGAAUGGGGCGGCUGAAUCCACAACAACAGGAGGAAAAAAUAACCAACUAAAAGAGAGAAAGAAAGAAGACAGAAGACGGAGGAGAAGAAGACGGAGAAGGAGAAAAGUCGCUGGGAAAACUUUUCCGGGGGAAACUGUUACGGACUCUAAAUACGGCCACGUUUUAAAACAUGGAUACACUUUUCCCCGUAUUCCUGGGACUCCUGUUUCUCUUUUCGGCAGUUGGUAACGUCUCCGGUCAGAUACCGACAGCUCACAUGGGGCGCGCUGAGAAGGGGAGCUGUACGUUUGAUGAGGGGUUCACGCAGUGUGAUUACCAGCAAGAUCCCUAUGAUGACUUUGACUGGACGCACAUCAACACCCAGGAAGUGCCAUACAUCUCACCAGACCUGCCACAAGGUUCCUACAUGUAUGUGGACGUCUCACAGUAUGAUGCUGGGGAGAAGGCAAGGUUUCAGCUGCCAGUCAUGAAGGAGAAUGACACUCACUGUAUCGACUUCAACUAUCUCCUCACCAGCCCUGACGGCUCCAGCCCCGGCACCCUUAACGUCCUGGUGAAGGUCAACAAAGGUCCCUUGGCCAACCCCAUAUGGAAUGUGACGUCCUACACUGGUAAAGGAUGGCUGAGAGCCGAACUCGCCGUCUCCACCUUUUGGCCUAAUGAAUAUCAGGUCAUAUUUGAAGCAGAGGUUUCAGACAGCAAAGCCGGCUUCAUCGCCAUUGAGGACAUUCAGGUGCUCAGUUACCCGUGCGAUAAAUCUCCUCAUUUUCUUCGCCUUGGAGACGUAGAGGUGAACGCUGGACAAAACGCCACAUUUCAGUGUAUCGCUACAGGACGAGACACAUCGAACAAUAAACUCUGGCUUCAGAGGAGGAAUGGAGAAGAUAUUCCCGUGGCCCAGACCAAAAACAUCAACCACAGACGGUUUGCCGCCUCCUUCCACCUCAAAGAAGUCACUAAUCAGGAUCAAGAUCUGUACCGCUGCGUCACCCAAUCAGAUCGCGGCUCCGGAGUGUCCAACUUUGCAGGUCUUAUCGUCAGAGAGCCUCCGCACCCCAUCGCCCCUCCCCAGCUGCUAGGCGUUGGCCCUACAUAUCUGCUGAUUCAACUAAAUGCUAACUCCAUAUUUGGAGAUGGACCUAUUAUACUGAAAGAGGUAUGUUUAGUAAGAGACAUUAAUCAGAGUGUUACCCCCCGACCAGAGAGGGAGGGACGGGCAAAUUGGCCCCCUUUUAUUCCCCCCCGGACCAAAUGUGCAGAACCUAUGCGAACUCCUAAGAGGCUAAAGAUAGCUGAGACCAGGUCUCGUCUGAUAGCGGUGGACUGGGAGUCACUGGGUUACAACAUCACUCGCUGUCACACCUUUAACGUCACCAUCUGCUACCGUUACACUACUGCCAACAACCGCAGCAAAGACGAAUGCUUGGACAUGGACCCUAAAGCCCCACGCCACUUGGUGGGAAACCUGCCACCCUACACCAACGUCAGUCUGAGGAUGAUUCUGACCAAUCCAGAGGGACGGAAAGAGAGUGACGAGACCAUUAUACAAACUGAUGAAGAUGUCCCUGGGUCAGUUCCUAGUCAGUCACUAAGAGCCACUCCAUUUGAAGACAGAAUUCUUCUUUACUGGAAAGAACCAGCUGAACCCAAUGGAGUCAUCAUACAGUAUGAGAUCAACUACAGUGGUGUGCGUUCAUUUGACCCAUCGGUGCCUCUCCAGCGGCCAGGACUCACAGUGUCUUUGCCCUCCAACGCCACCCAUCACCUGUUUUCUCAGCUCCACCCAGGUGUCACAUACCAGCUCUCUAUACGCGCAUCCACCUCCAAAGGGUUUGGUUCCGCAACCAUGCUCAACGUGACUACUAAUAUUUCAGCCCCCACAAUAGAUGAGUACGAUGGGUCAGAGGCCUUUCUGAAUGAAACUGCUACAACCAUCACUGUCCUGCUCAAACCUGCCCAGGCCAAGGGAGCACCUAUAAGUGCGUACCAGAUUGUAGUUGAGGAAGUGAAUCCUCAGCGGACACGUCGUCAAGCUUCCUCUGACUGUUUUGAGGUCCCAGUUUCUUACCACAGUGCAUCUAGCGGGGGAUCUCCAUAUUAUUAUGCCGCCCAGCUGUCCCCCAGCAACCUACCUGAGCCGCUCCCCUUCACUGUUGGAGACAACAAGACGUAUCAGGGUUUCUGGAAUCCUCCACUGGCCCCAAGGAAGAACUACAACAUCUACCUUCAAGCUGUUAGCAGCACAGAGAGGGAAACUAAGACACAGUGUCUGAGGCUGGCGACUAAAGGUGCUACAGAGGAGCCAGAAGUCAUCCCUGACCCCGCUAAACAGACGGACCGGGUGGUGAAGAUCGCUGGGAUCAGUGCUGGUGUUCUCGUCUUUAUACUUCUGGUGCUAGUAGCCAUCCUAUUGGUCAAGAAGAGGAAACUGGCUAAAAAACGUAAAGACGCCAUCGGAACAACACGGCAGGAAAUGACUCACAUGGUGAAUGCCAUGGAUCGCAGCUAUGCUGACCAGAGCACUCUGCAUGGAGAGGAUCCCAUGGCUGUGACAUUUAUGGACUCUCACAACUAUAACAACAGAUUGCCCAACGAUCCUCUGGUUCCAACUGCUGUGCUAGUUCCAAUCACAGAUGAGAACCACAGUGGCUCUGCAGCGGAGAACAGCAGGCUUCUGGAUGUUCCUCGGUAUCACUGUGAAGGAACCGAAUCUCCUUAUCAGACUGGACAGCUUCACCCAGCCAUCAGAGUGGCCGAUCUUCUGCAGCACAUCAACCUAAUGAAAACAUCUGACAGCUACGGCUUUAAGGAGGAGUAUGAAAGCUUCUUUGAGGGCCAGUCGGCCUCCUGGGACGUGGCCAAGAAGGAGCAGAACCGUACCAAGAACCGCUAUGGGAACAUUAUAGCAUAUGACCAUUCAAGGGUUAUUCUCCAGCCCAUAGAAGAUGAUCCCUCCUCCGACUACAUCAACGCCAACUACAUCGAUAUUUGGCUGUACAGGGAUGGUUACCAGAGACCGAGUCACUACAUUGCUACUCAGGGUCCUGUUCACGAGACAGUGUAUGACUUCUGGAGAAUGGUGUGGCAGGAACAGUCAGCCUGCAUCGUCAUGGUAACCAAUCUGGUGGAGGUUGGAAGGGUUAAGUGCUAUAAGUACUGGCCAGACGAUGCAGAGGUGUACGGAGACUUCAAGGUUACUUUUGUAGAGGUUGAACCCCUUGCUGAAUAUGUGGUUCGCACAUUUACAUUGGAGAGGCGUGGUUUCAACGAGGUGCGGGAAGUAAAGCAGUUCCAUUUCACAGGCUGGCCUGAUCACGGAGUUCCAUAUCACGCUACGGGACUACUUUCCUUCAUCCGCAGGGUUAAAAUCUCCAAUCCACCUUCUGCUGGGCCAAUUGUGGUCCACUGCAGUGCUGGAGCAGGGCGUACGGGCUGUUUCAUAGUUAUUGACAUCAUGCUGGACAUGGCGGAGAGAGAAGGAGUGGUCGACAUCUACAACUGUGUGAAGGCUCUUCGCUCUAGGAGGAUCAACAUGGUACAGACUGAGGAGCAGUAUAUAUUCAUCCAUGAUGCCAUUCUAGAGGCGUGUUUGUGUGGAGAAACAGCCAUACCAGUCUGCGAGUUCAAAGCUGCUUUUUAUGAGCUGAUCCGCAUCGACUCGCAGACCAACUCGUCACAUCUAAAGGAUGAGUUCCAGACGUUAAACUCGGUGACCCCUCAGCCUCAGCCUGAAGACUGCAGUAUUGCAUUGUUGCCUAGAAACCAAGAUAAGAACCGCUUUAUGGAUGGCCUUCCUCCUGAUAGAUGCCUUCCCUUCCUCAUUACAAUAGACGGAGAAAGCAGCAACUACAUCAAUGCUGCUCUGAUGGAUAGCUACAGACAGCCUGCUGCAUUCAUCGUUACCCAGCAUCCUUUGCCUAACACUGUCAAAGACUUUUGGCGUCUGGUUUACGACUAUGGAUGUACCAGUUUGGUGAUGCUGAAUGAGAUUGACCUGGCUCAGGGCUGUCCUCAGUACUGGCCAGAGGAGGGCAUGUUGCGUUACGGUCCGGUCCAGGUGGAAUGUAUGUCCUGCUCCAUGGAAUGUGACGUAAUCAGUCGACUCUUCAGAGUCUGCAACCUCACCAGGCCCCAGGAAGGCUACCUGAUGGUCCGUCAGUUCCAGUACCUGGGCUGGGCGGGGCACAGAGAAAUCCCCGCCUCCAAACGCUCCUUCCUCAAACUGAUCCUGCAGGUCGACCAGUGGCAGCGUGAGGGAGAGGAGGGAGAGGGAAGAACCAUCGUACACUGCCUAAACGGAGGUGGGCGUAGUGGAGUGUUCUGUGCCAGCAGCAUUGUGUGUGAGAUGGCCAAGAGACAGAGUGUGGUCGACGUCUUCCAUGCCGUAAAGACCUUAAGGAACAGCAAACCCAACAUGGUGGAUACUCCGGAGCAGUACCGGUUCUGUUACGACCUGUCAUUGGAGUUCAUAGAGUCCUCUUAAACAAAGUGAGAAAAGGAGGAGGUGAAGAACAAAUUUCACUUCCCGUGUGUCUGAUCCUUUGCUUUUGCUUGAUCUUGACUCCCCUCUGUGGUUGUCGUUCUGUAGCAUCCAUUUUGCAUCUCUACAAAUGGCAGAAGCAAAAUUGGCUCCUUGUACAGUGUUGUAAAGUAUUCAAAGGGAAACAUUCAGACUUUUAACGGACGGGGCUGCUGGGAGUGUGACAGAGGGGGAGGUGUUACUGCUUUUACUCCUUUAUGCUUAUUGUACAACUUUUUGAGUGCUGGCCGGCCCCUGUAUGUUUUGGGCCCCAUUUAAAUGUUUAGCCUCUCACCCCAACCCCUCCUCCCAUGGACUUGAUGCCUCAUGCUGUUCCAGCUGCAGAACUCAAUGUGCACUGUAGAUGUCUCCCUCUCGCCUUGCUAGCUGCAGCCCAGCCUGCUCUCAUGCUUAUUUCUGACUACUUAACAGUGUUGGGCAUCUCUUCAUGGUGAUGUUUGAAUAUUUGCUGCCAGUACUUUUGCAUAAAAACAAGAAACUUAAAGUUGCAGCCUGGCCAAACUCUGCGAAUGCUUCUGUUUUCUACUCCAUACAUCAGCAGCAUUUACAUGUUAUUUUUUUGAGUCAGAACAUUAUUAUGUAUUUAGGUACUUAAUAGCCACUUUGAACCCAUUCUUCAUUGGUUACAUACAGUAUAUUGACAGAUAACGGAAUAUAUAGACAGAAAAUACCCUAUAUGUCAAUGUAGGUUUGCUACAUGUAAUUAGAUGAAGUAGCGUCUUAGAAACAAGACUGACAGUGAAAGAAAAACAGGAAGUUUACACAGGGAGUAUUAGGCUUUUUGUGUGUUUGUUUUUGUUUUUGUUUUUUUACGAUAUCAUGAAGUGGCAACUUGAAAAAUGUUAAGUGUAGGAUUUUCACUAAAAUGUAUACGUUCAAGAAAGUGUGAUAUGUAUCAUUGUUUUAUAUUUUCUGCAGUCAGUGCAGAGUUGAUUUGUUGUAUCAUUUAUUGAUUGUCUGGAUAGAAGUUUUGAAGUCUUCUUUGUAACCCAAAUUGUAAACAUUGAAGAUUGUGUUCGACCAUGUGACAUUAGCAUAAUCAUGUUUGUUUCAGGGCUGGGCCCAAUGCACUUUCAAUUCAGCCAAUUCAGAAAUGGAAUAUUUCAUUUCAAAACUGUAAUAUGAACAGUUUUUUCGGUACUUGGAAAUCGGCUCAUUUACUCUUAGAAAAGACUAAGAAUAAAUGCUUUUUUGUGAAUAGGUGAAUUACAGUUUCCAUUUAUGGUUUGAAUGGAAUUGGAAGUGAACUGACCCCAGGCCUCAUUUGUUUUGUGCACUGGUGGCCAACACUUUUUAUUAUGAUUUUGUAGCUGAUGUUUAUUCAUAAGCCAAAGACUUUGUGUAAAUAUGUCUAUAUGGAUAAAGCACAUUGUUUGUAUUUAUUGUUUGUUCACUUGCAUUGCUUGUAAGAACAAUCAUUCUUCAUUCCAUGUUUACUCUACCACCAGCGUUUCUUAAACUGUGGGUCGGGACGCAAAUGGACUGCCAGUCCGUUUCCUCUGGAGUAUUGAGAGUAGAAGUAUGAUUUCACGAGCCCAUAAAGGGUCCUUAGGAAAAAGAUCUGCUCAAUUUGGGCCCAUGACGAAAAGUUUAAGAACCCCUAAUCAAAGCUGUAUAUUAAAGCAUUAGAAGUAGUUUUUCAGUAUGUAGGUGGAAUUCAGUAGUACUGUCUUGUUUUCAAAUAAUGAAACUCUGUGAUGUUACCGUGGUUUAUUUGUGUAAAAACCCAUUGCUCUGUUUGUGGUCAGUAGAACAUCCGAAAUUUUGGAUAAUCGCUCCUAUCCCUCUUAAUGUUUUAGUUGGGAUAAGCUGCUUAUCUUCAUCCUCAUACCCUGCUCACUAAUGUCCCUGAAUACACACAGACUCAGUGAUGCGAACUCACUGGCUGACUCACAGGCUUAGUGAGUGCAACAUGCAGGACUGUGAAACAAAAACAUUUAUUGUGCCUAAUCAUUUGAAUUUUCUUGUUGACACAAGCAUUUUAAAACCAUCUUAGAUCGCAACCAGGGCUUUGUUGAAUGCAUUCUCAUGGAUGAUCACUGUUACCUUUUGGACCAUGAUGCAGUGUGUUUUAUUGAUCAGAAUGCUUCGUGAAUUCUUUGGGAGACUUCAGUCUUACCGAAUACCACAUGUGUUCUACAAAGUUGUUCAUAAAAAAACAACUUUAAUGUAAAUAAAAUGUCAGAGGUUCCACUUGGUUGGAUCAAGAGUAGCUUGGGUCUCCUGUUAAGGAUGUUAUUGUAAAUAGACUAUCAUGAGUUCUCUAAAAGGCUCUACCGUUGGAUGAACAGUAGAUAUCUAGAUGAUGGAUGCAAUGUGAGAACAUUAGUUCAGCUGUAGAUGAAGAGAUUGUACUCUUGUAGGACAGAUAUUGUUUAAAUGCAUUAGUGUCCACAAAAUACAGAACUUUAUUCUUCUGGUGGAACAUACUUUUUUUGUUUUGUUUAUUUCUGCAGAUUUCUGCUUUGACCCAAAGAAGGAAGACACAUUUCACAGGCCAUAACGCCACGUUUAUACAGUCAGCGUGGACAAAACUAAUGGCCAUCUCCAUAGCAAGCAGAGAGAGAAAAGAAUGACGAGUGUGUCAACAGAAAUUAUAUAAAGUAAAUUAACCUUCAUAACUACACACUUAAGGGAAAAGUAAGGAGCAAGUCCUGUUAAGAUGCCCAUAAUUCCUUCUUAAUAAAUCCAAAGUAAUCACAAGGAAGAGCAGUGAAUGAAGCAGGUGUCUGGAUAAGAGGCCAGUCUAAGUAUAGAAUUGAUAUUCAUGGUUCAUGAUUAAUCUUGUCUGUAAUGUUUGACUUCUUUGAUGUAAUAAAGACCACUUCUUUAAUUAAAA